AUGUGGUUCACUACUACAUUACUGUCGAUCCUCACUUUGGCCACGGCCUCGCCCAUGGGCUCCAUUCAGCGUCGCGUCAACAAAGAAGUCCUCUUCAAUACCAACCAGGCGUUCAGCCUACAGCCUUCGAACAGCCCAGUCGUCAGUCUCUGGGGCGGCAUCGAUACCUACUUCCAAGGCGACGGUAACUUCGUCGUCUACAACGGCGAUGCAAUCUGGUCCAGCGGCACAGCUGGGCACAACUGUGAAUCGGGCGAUACCUGCCGCCUAGCCUGGCAAGGCGACGGAAACCUCGUCGUCUACAUCAACGGUGCCGCUCUCUGGAGCUCUGGCACUGCGGGCAGGGGCUUGUUACUCACGUUCACGGCGCAAAGCUAUGCCAUGGAAAUUACCGGCGUCGAGAGCGAGGGUAGUGCGCCGAUUCUUUGGAGGACGCCCGAGACGGGGAAUCAGCCUGAUCCGGGCCCUGGGGGGCCGGGGGUGUGUGAUGGUGCGAGUUGUUUCUCGUGUGAUGACUGCGUCGUUUCUUCGGAGUGA